CUGCUCUGCAGACGGCGCCACUCACUUGCGAUUUCAGUCGGGACGAUCUCCUCGGCCGUGAGGAUUCAUGGACGGUAGCAGCCAUGUCUUCUCGGCGCUUAUUACCUUUGCUGGCCAUUGUGCUGUUACUGAGGAGGAGGCUGAGGGAGGAGGCUGAGGGAGGAGGCUCGGCAACAGAGGGUCCGCAACUGGGUGAACCCUCUAAACUCCCAGCGCCUCACCUGGGGCCAGUUCCAUGUCAACUUCCGCCAGCUGAGGCAAUACCCGGGCCGGUUCUACCGUUACCUGCGAAUGUCCGUCUCCAGUUUCGAUGAACUGCUGGAAGUGGUGAGGGGCGACCUGCGGAGGAUGGACACCGCCAUGAGAGGCGCCAUCACCCCCGAGGAGCGCCUGCUGGUAACAAGAAGACCUUCAGAUGAUCCUUCAAUAGCUUACACAGAGGAAGAGGAGAUUGAAGAUGUCUUUACACAAAUAUUAAGAACCAACAAAGAUUCCACUGUUAAAUUGUUCCAUGGAGAUAUUGUGAUGGACAGAAGCUAUAGUGCUUUAAGGUGCCCCGAAUGUUUAUGGCCAAAAUCCAAGGACGGUGUGGUGAGGGUGCCCUACAGUCUGGCCUCAGAUUACAGUGAGGACAAUAAAAAUCUGAUUACUGCGGCCCUGGAAACCUUCACCACAUUGACUUGUGUCCAUUUUAUGGAAAGAACCACAGAGAAGGACUAUCUGAGUAUCUACUCUGGAAGCGGGUGCUGGUCCACCAUAGGGAAGGUUGGAGGGGCGCAGUCACUCUCCUUAAUGACCCCUGGAUGUAUGGCGGGUGGAGUGGUGCAGCAUGAGAUGGUGCAUGCACUGGGUUUUUACCAUGAGCAGAGCCGCAGUGACCGUGAUGAGAACGUGGACGUCAUGUGGCAGUAUAUCAAUGAAGGUGAUUGGGGUAAUUUUGAAUUGGUUGAUACAGACAACAUGAACCUACAAUACGACUACUCAUCCGUCAUGCACUAUGGAAAGUUUUCCUAUUCUAACACGUCCGGGCAGCCGAGCCUGAAUCCUAAACCGGAUGAGUCUGUAGCCAUUGGACAGAGAUACGGCCUCAGUCCACUAGAUGUCGCUAAAGUGAAGAAGCUGUAUGACUGCGAUAUUUGCAGUUUUUUGUUAAUUGGGAUCAAUGGAUCUUUGGACUUUGAUGCCUUCACCUCAUCCUAUAAGAAUGCUACAAGCUGCAUUUGGCUUAUACGGGUGAACAGAAAUAAGGCUUUCUUGCAGUUUGAUAGUUUUGAUGUUCCUAUCUCUGAGGAGUGUAGUACGUAUUAUAUUACGGUAUACGAUGGACGGAGCAAGAAAUCCCCUGUGCUGAUCGACAGAAUGUGUGGCACUCAUGAGCUCCCUCUAAUGGUGGCGUCUGGGAACUCCUUGUUGGUGGAGUUUGUUUAUGAGGCUCCUAAUCGUGCAGCUGUUGACUUAAAGGCGUCCUAUGGAUUAGUGGACUGUGGCGGUACUUACACUACGGAUAACGGCACUGUCACGUCUCCCCUCUACCCAGAUCCCUAUCCCAACCUGUCAGAUUGCUUUACCUCCAUAUGGGCUCCUGAGGGCUAUCAGAUUGUCCUGAACUUUACAUUCUUCGAUGUGGAGUACUCCAGUGCCUGCCUCUACGAUUACCUCCUUGUCUUUGACGGGGGCAGAACAGAUUCCCCAUUGCUGGGCAGAUACUGCUGGAACAAACCCAUCCCGCCUGUCGUCUCCUCUGGGAACGCUCUCCUGUUAGAAUUCCGCAGUGACCACUGGUUCAACAUGGGAGGCUACACAGCAAACUAUUACUUUGUGCAAUCUUCAUAGACCAACGAUCUCCAUUGAGGUACGGUCUCCGUAGAGUCUCGCACAUUUCAAAAGAGGAUUCAGUGAUUCUAAACUGCAAUAAAAAUAAAAAAUAAAAUACAUUAAUUAAU